UGUUUACUAUCUCACGCUGACUGUUUCUUGUCUUUAGAGGUCACCCUGUUCCUAACAGCUUGGUAGCAAUAUAUACUAUAUUGCCAAAUGUAUUGGGACACUCCUCCAAAUCAUUGGAUUCUGGUGUUCCUAUCACCUCUAUGGCCAAAGGCAUGCAGACUGCUUCUACAAACAUUUGUGAAAAGAAUGGGUCACUCUCAGGAGCUCAGUGAAUUCAAGCGUGGUACCGUGAUAGGUUGCCACCUGUGAAAUAGGUCCACCCAUGAAAUUUCCUUGCUACUAAAUAUUCCAUGGUCAACUGUUAGUGGUAUUAUAACAAAGUGGAAGCAACUGGAAACAACAGCAACUCAGCUACGAAGUUGUAGGCCACGUAAAAUGACAGAGUGGGGUCAGCGCAUGCUGAAGCGCACAGUGCGCAGAAGUUGCCAACUGUCUGCAGAGCCAAUAGCUAAAGACCUCCAAACUUCAUGUGGCCUUCAGAUAAGCACAGCAACAGUGCAUAGAGAGCUUCAUGAAAUGGGUUUUUUAUUGGCUGAGCAGCUGCAUCAAAGCCAUACAUCACCAAGUGUAAUACAAAGCAUCAGAUGCAGUGGUGCAAAGUACGCUGCCACUGGACUCUACAGCAGUGCAGACGUGUUCUCUGGAGUGACAAAUCAUGCUUCUCUGUCUAGCAAUCCGAUAGGUUUGGUGGUCUCCAGGAAAACUUUGCCUGCCUGACUGCAUUUU